AUGCGUGCCUUUGACCCCCCAACUCAUGAAAUAUGCAUAAAGGGGAAAAUCAAGCAAAUGAAGGCCAAGGAUGUGAAUGACUUGAUGGGCUUACGUAGUGAGGGUAAGCAGAUUACUGGGGAUGUCAAUGUGAAUGAUAGAGCUUUUAAGAAUUUGAGAAAUACUUACUAUAAAAUGCCUUACAAGGAAAUAGCUGAAAUGAUUAUAUUUGGAAAGGAGGAAGUAAGGAGGCUGUAUGGAAAAGUGCUAUCGUUUGUGUCUGACAUUGGAGAGGAGUUAAUGAGCUUGCAAUCAAUACUGCUUGGACAAGGCUCAAGAGAGAAAAAAGGUAAAAAAUCACAAGAGGAAGAAGAUGAUGAUAAAGCAACAGAUUCUGAAGGAAAGAAUGAAGAUGAAAAAAUAGAAGAGGAAGGACUUGUUGAUGAGGGGACGGCUUCAGAGGAAAAAAAUGAAGAAGAAAAAUUAGAAGAGGAAGAAUAUAACGAAGAAGGAGGCAACAAUGACGAUUCAAAAGAGGAAGAGGACAAGGAGGCAGGUGUAGGAGGGAAAGAUUCUGCCGAGGACGAAGAAGGGAGAGGAGAAGAACAAUCAAGUAAACAUCCUAGAAGAUCAAAAAGAUAUAAAAGAUCUGCUGUGAAAUCUCCAUGGCUUAGAACUAAUGUUGGAAAGAAGAGAAAAAUGGAUGAGAAAGAGCAAUUAUUUCAAAUAUGCACAACACGAUGUGAGGAAAAUGAGGGAGACAAGAUCAUUGUAGAUUUGUAUAGCUACUACUUGACUCAUGCAGAGCUACAAUGUUUUGGUGGAAAGAGAUGGAUUAGUGACAGGGUGAUGUCAAUGGUUGCCCGAACUUUGGAAGAGGAAGAAGAAGAGAAUGUUGAGAAGAAGGGUAAGGGAAAGGAGAAGAAGAAGAAGAAGAAGAAGAAAGGACAACCGGAUCCCAAAGAAAUGAUGGCAAGAGGAUGCGAUGACCUCUAUAAGAAGAAGGUAGAAAUGUUGUGGUGGCUACUGAGUCAUCGUAACAAUGUGAAGGAGCCCGAAGCCAUGUCCUUGUUAGAAGGAUCCCAAGUGACGAGGAAAAGGAAAUAG